AGCCAGACAGGUUGUAGCACAAUUUCUUCCUCAUAGUUUAACUGUUCCGCUUUUAGUUGGGUAAACAAGUGCAUGUGUGUCUGAAACACUUCCGAACCAUACAAUUAUGUUAGCGAGUCUUAUGCAUCGGUCUGGAAUAUGGAGUGAGCUCGAAGCUCAAUCGAAUGUCUGUUAUGGAUAUGAGACAGCCUGGCGGCAUAUAUCAUCUUGUUAACGAAGCCCGGUGUGGCAGGCAUAUGAAGUCGGCUACGGAGGAGGAGAGUAGUCGCUUGGUGCGGACCUACCCUAAGAUGACUGAGGGCCACAUGGAUGUGGGCACGCAGACGGAGCCUGUGGUGGUGCUAUCUCUGGCUCAGGCAGCCGUUCUGGGCCUCAUCUCCCAGAAUGAAAUCUUUGGGGCCACUAUUGCUCCUAAUGGCUUUUACACAGGGGAGCCCAGAGAGUGUCCCCCUCCUCAACCUGAGACAAUGGAGUACGAGUACGCAGAUCAGCUAAUAGGGGCCAACGGGGACUACCUGGCUGAGCCUGCUGGGGAGAGGGAGCCCCAGCCGCACUACAGUGAGAGAAGACGGCCCGGGCCCCGUGGGAGGACCAAGAGGCCCAGGAGUGAGGAGGGUCACCCACACAAAGUAGCAAGUCCACAGGCUCAGGUUAAAGGUGAACGGCUUGACUCUGACACCCAUCCUUCCUGUAUUCACAUGAACAGCAGGCAAAGUCCUGGCAAUUCUGAGGAACCAGUCACCCAACAAGCUUCUUUAAAACAGGAGCAAGCCUGCGGAGACUGUCGGUCAUGUGUAAGAGAUACACCCAGGCCACAAACAGAAGAACGGCCAGAACAGGAAGAAGAAGAAGAAGAAAACACUGGUAGAGAAAGAGAGAGGAAGGAAGAGGAGUUGGUGGUGGAGGAAGAGGAAGAAGAGGCACUUAACCUCAAGACUAGUGGUGACACUGGCAGUCCUGUAGAGGGACGCUAUUAUGAGUCCAAUGAGGUGGCAUACGAGUCCGCGGACAUGGCCCUUCCAGGAGAGUAUGAGGACAACGGCCAGGCCAUGCUGUGGUCCGACCCAGAGGGCCUCGCCAGGCGAAUGCAGAUCGACCGGCUGGACAUCAACGUGCAAAUCGAUGAGUCUUACUGCGUAGAUGUGGGAGAGGGUCUGAAACGCUGGAAGUGCCGCAUGUGUGAGAAGUCUUACACAUCCAAAUAUAACCUAGUCACUCAUAUUCUUGGCCAUAAUGGAAUAAAGCCCCAUGAAUGUCUACACUGUGGAAAGCUCUUCAAACAGCCGAGCCACCUCCAGACUCACCUGCUCACCCACCAGGGGACCAGACCUCACAAGUGCACAGUUUGUGAGAAGGCCUUCACACAGACCAGCCACCUGAAGAGGCACAUGCUUCAGCAUUCUGAUGUAAAGCCCUACAGCUGCCGCUUUUGUGGCCGAGGCUUCGCUUACCCCAGCGAGCUGAGGACCCACGAGAACAAACACGAGAACGGUCAGUGCCAUGUUUGCACCCAGUGUGGUCUCGAGUUUCCCACCUACGCGCACCUGAAGCGCCACCUUGCCAGCCACCAGGGCCCCACCACGUACCAGUGCACCGAGUGCAACAAGUCCUUCGCUUACCGCAGCCAGCUGCAGAACCACUUGAUGAAGCACCAGAACGUUCGACCCUACGUUUGCCCCGAGUGCGGCAUGGAGUUUGUCCAGAUCCACCAUCUCCGACAACACGCUCUCACUCACAAGGGUAUGAAAGAAUUCAAGUGUGAAGUCUGCUCUCGAGAGUUCACACUGUCUGCCAACCUAAAGAGACACAUGUUGAUCCAUGCCAGUGUCAGGCCCUUCCAGUGUCACGUCUGCUUCAAGACUUUUGUCCAGAAGCAGACCCUAAAAACGCACAUGAUCGUCCACCUGCCAGUCAAGCCUUUUAAAUGCAAGGUGUGCGGAAAGUCUUUCAACAGAAUGUACAACCUCCUCGGCCACAUGCACCUUCACGCUGGCAGCAAGCCCUUCAAGUGCCCUUACUGCACCAGCAAGUUCAACCUGAAGGGCAACCUCAGCCGACACAUGAAGGUCAAACACGGCAUCAUGGACACUUCAAUAGACAGCCAUGAGCCCCCACAAGAAGUAGAAAGCCAGGAGGACUACGAAGAGGAGAGCUUUGAAUUCAGCGAGCGAGAAAACAGAGCUAACAACAACAACACACCAGACAUUGCCAAACUAUCUCAAAUUGAGUACUACAGCACCUAUGGGAAGGGUGCAGGGCGUUUCAGCUCUGCAUGAAUAAUUGAAAUGACCCCAAAUUAAAUAUAAGUGUGAACUCAUGAAAA